CAGAGUCGAGACCCAGGAUGGACCGCUCGUCGGGACCCAGGAUGGACCGCUCGCCUGUAUUGGUUGGGGACAUCUCUACGCUGCUGAUCCGCCUCCGCUUGGGAUGGUUUCCUGUGGACGGGACUCUUGCUGCUGUCUUGGAUCCGCUUUGAACUGAACUCUCGCGGCUGUGUUGGAGCCACUUUGGAUUGAACUUUCACAGUAUCAUGUUAGACCCGCUCCACAUCCAUUGCUUUCGGUCCCCUAGAGGGGGGGGGGGUUGCCCACAUCUGAGGUCCUCUCCAAGGUUUCUCAUAGUCAGCAUUGUCACUAGCGUCCCACUGGAUGUGAAUUCUCCCUGCCCACUGGGUGUGAGUUUUCCUUGCCCUUUUGUGGGUUCUUCCGAGGAUGUUGUAGUCGUAAUGAUUUGUGCAGUCCUUUGAGACAUUUGUGAUUUGGGGCUAUAUAAAUAAACAUUGAUUGAUUGAUUGAUUUAUAUAGUAUUGGAGUGUCGAAAUGACAAAAGGAAAAGCUGGAAAACGAUGAAGAAGAACUGGUAAAGAAGUGGAAUCAAAUAAAAGAUCAAGAAGGACUGUAAAGUUGCUGAGUAGACUGGUAUAGUGGUGGUGCAUUAAACUGGCAGCAGAUAUAAUAUGUGAUACUUUCUUUUUCUUCCUGCAGUCAUCCCGUCCUGCAGCAUGCACCUAUGUGAAUGUGGAGAAUGACCAGCAAUGUCCAAGGGGUAGCAGCAGGGUAACACUGCAUGAGGCGGUGCCCCCUGAAGGAGCCCAAAACACUGCUCUUCAAAUGGAACACAUCCAACCUUCAGGUGACCGUGCAGGAUGUACCACUCUGGAACAUCAAGCCUCUCCCCACCUGCCAGGUUGAACACUGCCCGGACUGUGCUGGAAGGCCUCGAGUCAGAGGAUGCGUGUGAAGACAAGAAAGCUGUAAAAAAGGAGAUCCAUAGCAAAAAGGGAGCCAAAAAGGACCAAAUGGAAGAGGAGAAUACAGACCUGCUCAGACUUUGCCACACAGUACCGCUGGAGGUGGUGAACUUAGGUGGGAAAGGUUACGAUCCAGAGAAGAAAGACUACUCAGGUUUUGAGGCCUGGUUGCAGUGUUACUAUGUGGAUGGAAUGAAGUCUGUACGCGACCACAAUGGCAGGACUAUGUGGUUCAAAGGCGAUCCAGGUCCUAUGGCUCCUAAAGAAUCAAAGUCUCCAAAGGCCAAAAAGAGAAAAGAUACAGAUGCAGACCAUGAUUACCCCCGCAAGAAAAAGGUGUCCAGGAAACACAACUCUGACAGCACAGUGAAGAAAAAAGCAGCCAAAAAGCCCACAAAAGCAGCAAAGGAAGAAGAAAAUGGACCUCAAGAAGAAGCCACACCCAGAAGAAGAUCAGCAAACACACCUCAGCAAGAACCGAAAUCCACGUCAGGCAGGAGGAAAAAGAACAAUACAGAGCCAGCUGCAGGUCUGAUUCUAAUAAUACUCCCAUUUUCUGAAAAUAUUAAGAGCCUGAUCUUUGAGGAUCCAAUUCCCACACACUUAUCUGUGUGCGCAAACUAUAAAAUUGCAUGUACUGUUGGUGGACGUGUUGUAUGUGAUCUACUUUGUGCAAUUGAUAGCAGCAAAAGUGGCACAGAUCACCCUAUUUUUGUGUACUAGAAGCAUUAUGUGCCCUUGGAAACACUUCUUUCCCUCUACAUUCAUGUUAUUAUGCUCUCCACACUGGAGGGGGGCUUAUAUUAGAUUAUAGCACAUAUCGAUCAUCUAACACCUUUUCUGCAAUAUAGAAUCACAGUAUGUAUACUAUUUGCAGCAGGAAUGAUCAAACUGCAUAUUGCAAGACAUUUUUUUUAGGAGUUAUACUAAAUACAAAAAAAAAAACCCGCAACGCUUUUGUUCUUGUUCCCAAUUUAAAUGAACUCAGAGAUCGAAAACUUUGACUAUAAACACAAAAUACCUGUUCCUCUCAAAUAUUGUUCACAAAUCUGUAUACAUUUGUUAGUGAGCAUUUUUUCUUUGCCAAGAUAAUCCAUCCCACCUGACAGGUGUGCCUUGAGCUGUCCAAAAUAAAAGGCCACUGUGAAAUGUGCAGUUUUAUCACACAACACAAUGCUUCAGAUGUCGCAAGUUUUGAGGGAGCGUGCAGUAGGCUUGCUGACUGCAGCAAUGUCCACCAGAGCUGUUGCCCGUCAAUUAAAUGUUUAUUUCUCCGCCAUAAGAAUAGAAUAGAAUAGAAAGUACUUUAUUGAUCCCUGGGGGAAAUUCAGCACCACAGUUCGCUCACAAUAAACAAUGAUAAUAAUAAAUAAUAUAAUAUAUAUGAAUAAUAUAAAUAUAUUCUACAUUUAAGUGCAGUCAAGGAACAUAUGCAUUAUACAGUCUGAUGGCUGUCGGUGUGAAGGACCUCCUGUGUCGUUCCGUGUUGCAUUUUGGGAGUCUGAGCCUUCCACUGAAGGUGCUCAUUCUCUCUGCAAGGUCCGAGUGUAGUGGGUGGGAGGUGUUGUCCAUAAUGGCUAGGAGUUUUGCUAGACUUCUCUCUGACACCACCGCCAGAGAGUCCAGCUCCACUCCCAUCUUGUUACUGGCCUUCUCUACCAACUUGUCCAGUCUGUAUGUGUCCCUCACUCUCAGCCCGCUGCCCCAGCAGGCCACGGCGUACAAGAGGGCGCCUGCCACCAGCGACUCGUAGAACAUCUUCAACAUCUUUGUACAGACGUUGAAGGAUCCUAGCCUCCAAAGGAAAUAUAGAUUCGGCUCUGUCCCUUCUUGUAGAGGGCCUCAGCGUGUUUUGACCCAUUCAGCUUGUUGUCCAUGUGUACUCCGAGGUAUUUAUAAUCCUCUACCAUGUCCACAUCCACCCCCUUGAUGGAAAGAGGGGUCGCCAGAGUACUCCUCCUCCUUCCCAGGUCCACAACCAGCUCCUUGGUCUCCGUAACAUUGAGCUGGAGGUGGUUCUUUCCACACCAUGUGACAAAGUCCUCCACCAGUGUCCUGUAUUCCUCGUCAUCACCUUCCUCAAUACACCCCACUAUCGCAGAGUCAUCAGAAAACUUCUGAAGGUGGCAGGACUCUGACUGAUAGUGGAAAUGGGUGGUGUAAAUGGUGUAGAGGAAGGGGGAAGAGUACUGUAGCCUCCGGGGCCCCGGUGUUGCUGACCAGCCUGUCAGACACACAGUCCUGCAGUGGCAUAUACUGUGGUCUGUCAGUCAGGUAAUCUACAACCCAGGACACCAAGGGGGCCUCCACCUGCAUCUUCUCCAACUUCACACCCAGUAGCCCAGGCCGUUUAGUAUAAGCCGCCUCCAAAGGUGUUUCAGAGAAUUUGGCAAUACAUCCAACUGGCCUCACAGCCGCAGACCAUAUUGAUUGGCUGAGACCUGCCACCCGGACAGCUGCUACAACAAUUGGUUUGCUUAACCAUAGCAUUUCUGCACAAACUGUAAGAAACUACCAUGAAUUGAUUAACGUGGACCCCGACUUAAACAAGUUGAAAAACAUAUUGGGGUGUUACCAAUUAGUGGUCAAUUGUACGGAAUAUGUACUGAACUGUGCAAUCUACUAAUAAAAGUAUCAAUCAAUCAAUCUGUCUCAAGAAAGCUCAUCUGCAUGCUCGUGGUCCUCAUCGGGGUCUCGACCUAACUGCAGUUUGUCUUCUUAACCAACUUGAGUGGGCAAAUGCUCACACUCAAUGGCGUCUGGCACAAUACAGAGGUUUUGGUAUGUUAUUAUUGACAGCGAAACCACGUGCAUUUUAUUGAUGGCAUUUUCCAUGCGCAGAGAUACCGUCACGAGACCCUGAGCCCCAUUGUUGUACUAAUCACCCGAGGCCAUCACCUUUAUAAAUAACAUUUACUAACUAAUGUUGCAAGGAUCUGGAAGCUAAAAACAUCCCAGUUCUUGCAUGACCAGCAUACUCACCGGACAUGUCACCCAGUAAGUAAUUUUUGAGAGGAAUAUAUAUUUUCUGUAUAGUAAAAGUUUCAGAUCUUUAAGUUCAAUUCAUGAUAAAUGGGAGCAAAAACAAAAGUGUUGCGUUUAUAUAUUUGUUCAAUACCAUAUUUUUCGGAGUAUAAGUCGCACCUGCCGAAAAUGCAUAAUAAAGAAGGAAAAAAAACAUACAAGUCGCA